GGCUGUGGAGCAGCGGAGGGGGGAUGCGGAGCUGAGACAGGUGUUGCUGGGGUUUGCGCAUCGGCGGCCAGAUCGUUUGGCAGCAUGCGACCUGCGAGGACACCCACGCUCCCGCGCAGUACUUUCACAUGUUUCCCGCGAUUUCGCUUUUGGAGAAUUUAAGUGACGCUGGGAUCCGACUGAUCGUCGCAAUGGUGCACCACUCGGGCUCCAUCCAGUCCUUCAAGCAGCAGAAAGGCAUGCACACCAGCAUCAGCGAGAUCUUGAAGGAGAAGACCCUGAAGCCGUCUCGCCGCAGCCUGCCGUGCCUGGCCCAGAGUCAGACUCACCCCAUCAACCUCAGCCACUUCCUGUCGGUGCCUCUGAGUCCAGAAUCCAAACCAGAAGUCCAGGGUUUGAGUCAGAGCAUCAGCACCUCCUGCAGCCUCCUUCCUCCAGCAGAGGACGGCAAGGAUCAAUACACUGAAGAAUCUGAGGCGACAACGUGUGAAACCAGAGUGGACGAGUCACUCUUGCAGCAGAAGCCGGUGACUCGUGCCAAACUUGAAGCUCGCACCGAUUCAAUCCAGGGAAAGACUCCAGCAGACACCAGCGGGCUAUAUUUCCGAGAUGGGAAGAAGAGAAUCGACUACAUCCUGGUGUACAAGAAAUCCAGUCCACAGGUGGAGAAGAGGUGCACGUUUGAGAAGAACCUGCGGGCGGAAGGCCUCAUGCUUGAGAAGGAGCCCUCGCUGACCAACAACGACAUCAUGUUUGUGAAGAUCCACGCUCCCUGGGACACGCUCUGCAAAUACGCUGAGCAGAUGAACAUCAGGAUGCCUUUCAGGAAAAAAUGCUACUUCACUGACUGGAAGAGUAAAACGUUGGGCAGCAGAUUUCACCUCAAAUGCCGUCAGAUAAAGAGCUGGCUUCCCCGAAAUCCCAUGAAGCUGGACAAGGAGGCGCUGCCGGACCUAGAGGAGACCGACUGCUACACCGCCCCCUUCAGCAGAGCCCGCAUGCAUCACUUCACGAUCAACAACAGAGAGACCUUCUUCUCCAACUCCACCAGGAGCAGAAUCGUCCACCACGUGCUGCAGCGCACCAAGUAUGAGGACGGAAAGUCAAAGAUGGGUAUUAACCGGUUACUGGGCAACAACACAUAUGAAGCCGCGUUUCCACCCCAUGAGGGAGGAUACAAGAGCAGACAUCCCAUAAAGACGCACGGGGCCCAGAACCACAGACACCUGCUGUACGAACGCUGGGCUCGCUGGGGAAUCUGGUACAAAUAUCAGCCGCUGGACCUCAUCAGGCGAUAUUUCGGAGAGAAAAUUGGCCUUUACUUCGCCUGGCUGGGCUGGUACACCGGGAUGUUGAUCCCCGCUGCUUUGGUCGGGGUCUUCGUCUUCCUCUACGGUCUCUUCACUAUGGACUCCAGCCAAGUCAGUAGAGAGAUUUGUGAAGCCAACACAACCAUCAUGUGUCCCAUGUGUGAGGAAACCUGCGACCCCUGGAAUCUGAGCGACAGUUGUGUCUAUGCAAAGGUGACCCAUCUGUUUGACAACGGAGGCACUGUCUUCUUUGCUAUCUUCAUGGCCAUAUGGGCCACUGUUUUCCUGGAGUUCUGGAAGAGGAGGAGAGCGGAACUGACUUAUGACUGGGAUCUCAUUGAUUGGGAGGAGGAGGAAGAGGAGCUGAGGCCUCAGUUUGAGGCAAAGUACUCCAGGGUGGAGCGAGUCAACCCCAUAUCAGGCAAGCCGGAGCCCUUCCAGCCGUUUUCGGACAAACUCAGUCGCCUCAUGGUGUCUGUGUCUGGGAUAUUCUUCAUGAUUUCCCUGGUGCUGACUGCCGUGUUUGCUGUGGUGGUUUUCCGUCUCAUCGCCAUGGAGAAGUUUGCGUCUUUCAACUGGCAUUUUGUGAAAAAGAACUGGCAGUUUGCCACGUCCGGCACCGGCGUCUGCAUCAACUUCAUGAUCAUCAUGUCUCUCAACGUGGUGUAUGAGAAGGUGUCGUACCUGUUGACCAAUCUAGAGCACCCACGGACAGAGUCUGAGUGGGAGAACAGCUUUGCUCUGAAAAUGUUCCUGUUCCAGUUUGUGAAUCUGAACAGUUCGACGUUCUACAUCGCCUUCUUCCUUGGAAGGUUCGCAGGGAGGCCGGGGAAAUACAAUAAACUCUUCAACCGAUGGAGACUGGAAGAGUGUCACCCGAGCGGCUGUCUGAUAGAUCUGUGCCUACAAAUGGGCGUCAUCAUGUUCUUCAAGCAGAUCUGGAACAACUUCAUGGAGCUUGGUUAUCCUCUGCUACAGAACUGGUGGUCCCGCCGGAAGAUAAAGAAAGGGGGAGCGGGAGGUCAGAACGUGGAGAAUAAAUCCCAGCUUCCGCAGUGGGACAAAGACUGGAACCUGCAGCCGAUGAAUGCACACGGACUGGUGGACGAGUAUCUGGAAAUGGUCCUGCAGUUUGGCUUCACAACCAUCUUUGUAGCGGCGUUCCCUCUGGCCCCUCUCCUCGCCUUGCUCAACAACAUCAUCGAGAUUCGACUGGACGCCUACAAGUUUGUCACACAGUGGAGGAGGCCGAUGCCUGCGCGAGCCACUGACAUAGGUAUCUGGCACGGCAUAUUGGAAGGUAUCGGUGUGUUGGCCGUGAUCACCAACGCCUUUGUCAUCGCCAUCACCUCGGACUACAUCCCUCGCUUCGUCUACGCCUUCAAAUACGGCCCCUGUGCCGACACUGGACAUCACCACGAGGACGAGUGUCUGCGGGGAUACAUGAACAGCAGCCUGUCGGUGUUCGACAUGGGCGUGCUGCACAACCUCACUCAGUCCAGAUACUGCAGAUACAGAGACUACAGAGCGCCGCCCUGGAGUUCGGUGCCAUACGAGUUCACUCUGCAGUUCUGGCACGUGUUGGCUGCCAGACUGGCCUUCAUUAUCGUCUUUGAGCAUCUUGUGUUUGGGAUCAAGUCCUUCAUCGCGUACCUGAUUCCCGACAUGCCCAAGGAUCUCUGCGACCGCAUGCGCAGGGAAAAGUACUUGAUGCAGGAGAUGAUGUACGAAGCAGAGCUGGAGCAUCUGCAGAAGGAGAGAAAGAAGAACGGACGGCGUUAUCACCACGAGUGGCCUUAGCUUCACCCACCCAUCUCCUCCACCUGGCGCGGCCUCUCUGCCUGCUUUUCUCUGUGUUUUAGCUUUGAAAGUUCACUGGCUGAUUCUGUACACCAAAGACACCGAGAUCCUCCCACCACCCCCCGAAAAAAAAAAAAAACAACCUGCUUUAAGCUGCAAGCCUGACCACUCCCUCGCCAUCUGUCUCAUGGCUCUGACUCUUCACCACCCAGCAGGUCGCUCGCUCUCCUCUCAUCACGGCUUCUCUGGAAUCCUACCUGUGCAAUUGUAACGUUUACUAUGCAGAUCAAGGGCUGCAGCUCUCCACUGUUCACUCGCCCAUCGUGCACUCUUUCUCUCUGUGGCAGCUUUGACUCUCGGCAUGUUUUCCCCCGACUUCCUCUCAGAGCUGAGUGUCUUGUUGUAAAAGUGAAUCUGGUGAUGUGCCGACCUAACAAUGUCCAUGGUGAUGGAAGCAUGUGGAUUGUUGACAUCAGCAGCCUUUUUCUAUUCAGCAAAGGAAAAACAAACUGCUCAUUCGGAGGAUUGUUCUCUUUUAGCGACGUUUUAAAACUGCAUGUUGUUUUUUCGAUGGGAAAAUCUGUCGCCUGUUCGGGGUGUGUGUGUGUCUGUGGGACGUGUCUGUCGAUCUGUCUGUGCUUCAGCUGAGCUUGACUGCCUUGUGUUGCUGAGAGGUGAACUUCUUGAUUGUGCCUACAGUUGCGCGCCACAACCGUGUCACCGACCUCACGUGUGCCUGCUCGUGCUGCACGUGUUUUGUUUAAGUGCAAGAAUAUCAUUCUUCUUCAGCCGUACCUCCUGAACUCUAAAGAUUUGUUUUGGACGCCGCGCCACGUCGCCUCGGAACACGGCUCGCAUUAUAAACAAUGUGUAUGUCUGCACACCAGCCCCAAAUCUGCUCUUCCGUGAGUCGGCUGGCUGCCUGUUUUUCAUUUUCUGGCGGAAGCCCUGAAGCGUGGUUGUAACUUGGAGCGCUCUGACAUACCUGUGGCCUGCAGUUCACAAAGAACAUCCACUGUUCUGCUCAGAGAACUUCAGAGACCAGCGGAGUCGAUCCCAUCAUGUUUGCGUUUACACUCAAAAAACAUGGAUGUUGAGUGGUCGUCCUGCUGCUGUAGAUCCAAACAACACGUUGUGACGACUCGGGGAAAACAGCGUGAACGACACAUCCAUCUGUGAGGCACAGUUUGACUCAUUUCCUGUUCCAUUCAUGCAGCGCUGGAGAGUUAUGAUGUUUGUGGCGAGUCUUAUUAAUGAGCUACUCUCAUGCGCUUUCCAUGUUUUCACUUGACCCAGAUCAUGUUGCGUUGAUCCAGAUUCGAACCCCAUUUCAAUGUCUUAUUUUCGCCACCAUUCCGAGGACGUUAAGGCACUUGCCUUGGAGAUUAUUAUGACCACCAAUAUCUCCACUCUAUUCUUGUGUAGAUUUGAACGGGGUCCCACAUGAAGCACUCAACUUUUCCUUAGCCGACGUUGGCCCUGAUUCGGUUUGCAGUAUUGAGAGAACGGAUCUGUCAGCACAGCUGCGAUGUGAAGUUUCAUUUUUAAUGACCUUCAUUAUAGCUAAUUCAUUUCCUUUUCUGGUGAUGUGGAAAUGAACUUUAUUUUACCAAUGUUUACGAAUAAGAAAUUCCCAAAAGCAUAAUUCAUAUUUUAAUAAAUCUAUGAAAUAGAUAUAAAAAAA